ACAAGCAUCUUUUUAACUAAAAGAAAGACGUUUUAAAACCAAAAAAAAAAACAAAACAGGAUGGCUAGAGCCUAGACCAGCGAAUCCCGUAUCGACAACAUCUAGUCCGUGCCCUGCCUAGAGCAAUCAUGUCAUAUACUAAAAUCUUGAUAGACCUGUCAAAUUAAAUUGCUUUUUCGAACAAAUACUAAACCUUGUUAGACCUGUUUUUGUUUUUUCUUAACGCUGUCAUAAAGAUGGAAAUUAUGGUACAUGCAUGGCGCAGAUGGAAAUAGACGAAAAUACGACAAAAAAGAGCAUUAAGAGAAGAGGACAAAAGAAAGGCACACGUGUAUGUUAGAGUUGUGUAUGGUUGAAUGGUAAAGAAACCACCUGAGCUGUUUAGACAAGACUCAUGGAGAGAACAACUUUUAAUGCUCUUUUAUUAUUCAUUGAACACCUUCUUAAAACCAAAGAAUUAUGGACAACUUCUUUCUCAAUAAGUAUAUUUUCAUGGCAUUUCAAAAGUCAACUACGCAUGCAUGAUGCACCUAAACAAUGCUAACAUAGCUUCUCUAAUAAAUGUGUUUGUGAAUUGCGAUAAAAAAAAUCCACUAGCUAUUACUUAGUUUUAGAAAUUUGAUGUUAGUUUUUUUCAAGUAAAUCAAUUGUGAAACUGUCCGAUGAUUGGUUUUGGGACAACUGAUGUAUAACGCAAUUCCAUCUAGACAUUAUUUGUGGCCAAUUUCAUGAAAAUGAUCAGGAAAUUUUCGAAGAAUUUGGGAUCUUUAGUUACGUUGCUAGCUAACCAUAAGGAAGCGCUAACACGAGGGUUGCAAAAGCUUUUUCUAUGUCUUUUGGGUUUUGGUAUGAUGGUAGGUAUCUAAUCCCUCUGACGAAAAAAAAUAUAUACAUCGAUCAAUGACUUUGAAAAUGAUGUGUGCGUAAUAUGUUAUUGACUUAUUGUUAAGUUUUGACUAUCAAAGCAUAUCUAAAACAAUUAACAUCACUUUAGAAAUGAAAUCCAAAACGAAUCUUAAGAAAACAAAUAUGUGAUAUCCUUGUAAAAAAGCUACUCUUAUAAGUAACGUUUUGACCCAAAAAAAAAGUAACGUUUUGACCAAUAAAAUAAGUAACGUUUUGACAUUUUGCAUAUAAAGUAAGAAACUAACUAAAUAUACUAAAGAUGCCCCUCGAAAACAUGUGAUUCAAAAUAGAGUUAACAACUUGUGAAAAGAUUAAACUAAAUUUAAUAAAUGAUACUUACCUUAAAACAGAACAAAAUCUUCUAAGACAACAUUUAUAUUGAGAUAGGAGAAAUACAGUUUAGCAACAACAACAAAAUUUCAUCUAAAAGAUCCAUACACAUUUAAUGCCUGCUGAUAUGUACUUUCCCCAAACGACAAAUAUCUUUUUUUUUCUUUUUAGCAUCUUAAUCAUAUUUAUGAUACAAAGAUAAAGAAAAAGAACAAAAUCAAAUAGCAGCUUUUCUCCACAUAAAUCCACAUGUGUAUAUAUAGUGCUAAAGCUACACUGUUUCUCUCCAUCAAAACUCUCGAAAGAAAGAAAGAAAACAAUAGUAAAUCCUAUAAUUAUAUAAUCAUGAGCUCCGUCUCACAGCUAUUCAAGAACAACCCCGUGAACCGUGACCGGAUCAUCCCACUAGAUUUCACCAACACCAAAACCCUACCCGACUCUCACGUUUGGUCCAAACCCGAACCCGAAACCACGACCCGACCCAUUCCCGUCAUCAGCUUGUCUAACCCGGAACAUGGGCUACUCCGACAAGCCUGUGAGGAAUGGGGUGUGUUUCAUAUCACAGACCAUGGGGUCUCACACUCGUUACUCCAUAACGUUGAGUGCCAAAUGAAGAGGCUUUUCUCUUUACCCAUGCAUCGUAAGAUCCUAGCCGUCCGAUCUCCCGACGAGUCCACUGGUUACGGUGUGGUUCGGAUCUCCAUGUUCUAUGAUAAGCUCAUGUGGUCUGAAGGAUUCUCCGUCAUGGGUUCCUCUCUUCGACGUCACGCUACACUAUUAUGGCCGGACGAUCACGCCGAGUUCUGCAAUGUGAUGGAAGAGUAUCAGAAGGCAAUGGAUGAUUUGAGUCAUAGACUAAUAAGCAUGUUGAUGGGCUCGUUAAGGCUAACACGUGAAGAUUUGGGAUGGCUUGUACCGGACAAAACUGGUUCAGGAACCGACUCCAUCCAAUCCUUUCUGCAGUUGAACUCCUACCCGGUUUGCCCUGACCCUCAUCUAGCCAUGGGCUUAGCCCCUCACACCGACUCCUCCCUACUCACCAUUCUCUACCAAGGCAAUAUUCCAGGUCUAGAGAUUGAAAGUCCACAAGAAGAAGGGUCGAGAUGGAUUGGAGUAGAGCCAAUAGAAGGUAGUCUCGUUGUUAUAAUGGGAGAUUUAUCUCAUAUCAUAUCUAAUGGACAGUUCAGAAGCACGAUGCACCGUGCGGUGGUGAACAAGACGCACCACCGUGUCUCAGCCGCUUAUUUCGCCGGCCCACCCAAGAACCUUCAAAUUGGACCAUUGACCAGCGACAAGAACCAUCCUCCUAUUUACCGUCGUUUGAUAUGGGAAGAGUACCUUGCAGCCAAAGCAACACACUUUAACAAAGCCUUGAAUUUGUUCCGUUGCUGAAAUAAAAUUUUAAUUAACGUCUAGCUAUUUUGGUUAUUGUUAAAAUUUGCGUCGUUGCAGUUAUAAGUGUAUUUUUGGUUUCCUAGUUUAUGUCAAAUUUCUGCAUUAAA